AUGGGUAAAAAGAAUCGUGAUAGCUAUGUAAUAGCUAAAACAUCACCUUCCAGCCGCCAACAAGAUCCAGCAUUUGAAUAUUUAACUAAAACAUUUAACAGUACAAAUGGACCCAUACAGGCUAUGUGUGAUGUUACUCGGCCACAUGUGGAUUCAUUUAAUUGGAUGCUUAAAGAAGGCUUAAUGAAAGCAGCAAGCUCCAUUUUACCAUUAGAAUUUGAAACAAAUACUAAAUUACGUGUUAAAUUAAAAUUUGUUAGUUUGGAAAUAGCCCGGCCUAAAGCAAAAGUAAUUGUCGGCGCCAAUCGUCGUAGUCACUAUGUUUAUCCCGCUGAAGCUCGUAUGAGUAAAAGUACAUAUUCUGGAACAUUGCAUGCUCGUAUUCAUGCUGAAGUUUUUGAUCAAAAUGGUAAAUUAAUUGGACGUGAAUCAUAUGAUAGAAGUCUUGGUUCAAUACCAGUUAUGGUUCGAAGUGAUGCCUGCAAUUUAGCUAAUAUGACUACAAAAGAACUAUGUUCAAAAUAUGAAGAACCAAAUGAAAAUGGUGGUUACUUUGUAGUAAAAGGAUAUGAACGUAUUUUACGUUUACUAACAAUGACAAGACGAAAUUAUCCUAUGGCAAUGUCUCGUGGUCGUUGGCGUCAACGUGGUCCUGGAUUUACCGAUCGUGGUCUUCAAAUUCGUUGUCUAUCAGAUGAUCAACGUGGUGUUGAAAAUACGCUUCAUUAUUUGGACACCGGUGCCAUUUCUUUAGCUUUUAUGUAUCGUAAAGAAAUGUAUUUUAUUCCUGUUGUUAUGAUUCUCAAAAUGUUAGCUGAUGAUAAUACAUCUGAUCGAGAAAUUCAUGCAACUCUUAUGCGUGGUACAUACGAAAAUAAUAGUGCUUUUGAUAAUAAUAUUAAAUAUAUGCUUCGUCAAUUACAAAAAACAUAUUGGUGUGAAAAGCCAUUAAUAACCCGUCAAUCUGUAAUUGAUUAUGUUGGUUCACAUUUUCGUACGCGUCUACAGCGACCAGCAUGGCAUACGAAUGCUGAUGUUGCACGUUAUUUACUUGAUAAUUAUAUAUUAAUUCAUUUAAAAACUGAUAAAGCUAAAUUUAAUAUGUUAAUAUUUAUGAUGCGUAAACUUUUCUCAUAUGUACGCGAUGAAUGUAAAGCAGAAGAUCAAGAUGCACCAUCGAUGCAUGAAAUUCUUUUGCCUGGACAUGUUUAUUUAGCAUUACUAUCAGAACGAUUAGAAACAUGGUUGGUAUCAUUGCGUGAAACAUUUUUAAAACUGAAUAAAAGUGCUAAAACAUCAAGUGAUGCAUCAAUAACUACAAAACUUCGUCUAGCAAUGGAUACUAUUGAUAAAGAUCAAAUAGCCAAAGCUUUUGAACAUUUUCUAGCUACUGGUAAUCUUAAUUCGAAAACAAAUCUUGGUUUAAGACAGACAAGUGGUUUUUCGAUUAUUGCUGAACGUUUAAAUAUUCUUCGUUUCAUAUCACAUUUUCGGUCUGUUCAUCGUGGUGAUGCAUUUACUGAAGCUAAAACAACAUCCGUUCGAAAAUUACUACCUGAAGCAUGGGGUUUUCUAUGUGCCGUUCACACUCCUGAUGGUUCUCUAUGCGGUUUACUGAAUCAUUUAUGUAUGACAUGCCAAGUAACACAAGAAACAGCAACAAAUACAUCAACCGAAGCUCUUGUUGAUACAUUGAUUUCCUAUGGUAUGCGACGUGUACCAUCGAUUGAUGUUCAUUGUUAUGAUGUUAUUCUUGAUGGACAAGUUGUUGGAUUUAUCGAUGAUACGCGAGCAUCAUUAGUUGCCGCACAACUACGUUACGAUAAAGUGACAGGAAAUCGUCGCCGCUCUGGUGUAUCAGAAUAUUUAGAAAUCGUUUUGGUUCCUAAAGAAACUCACGGUUUAUAUACACUCUAUCCAGGAUUAUUUAUUUUCUCGACACCAGCUCGAUUGAUACGACCCGUAAUGAAUUUAAUAACAAAAUCGACGGAAUAUAUUGGUACAUUCGAACAAGUCUAUCUCGGUAUUUGUAUAACUCAUGAUGAAUUUGUACCAGAAUAUACAACUCAUCAAGAAUUAGCACAAUAUAAUUUCUUAUCCAUAACAGCUAAUUUAACGCCGUUUAGUGAAUAUAAUCAAUCACCACGUAAUAUGUAUCAAUGUCAAAUGGGUAAGCAAACGAUGGGUACACCCUCGUUAGCAUAUCGAAAACGAAAUGAUAAUAAAUUAUAUUAUAUCACAACACCACAAGCACCACUUAUUCGAACAAGCGUUUAUAAUCAAUACGCACUUGAUGAUUAUGCUAUGGGUACAAAUGCAAUUGUUGCCGUACUUUCUUAUACAGGAUAUGAUAUGGAAGAUGCUAUGGUUAUAAAUAAAAGUUCUAUUGAACGAGGUUUUGCUCAUGGUGCUAUUUAUGCAUCUGAAUUCGUUGAUUUACAAGAGUUAGUUACUGAUAAAGUUGAUCAAGGAAAACAUCAACUUGUAUUUGCAUUGGAUACAAAAAAUCCAAAUUGGCGUCAUUUAGAUGCUGAUGGUUUACCGGUUAUUGGUUCAACUAUACAACCCGAUGAAGUUCUUUGUUGCUAUUUGAAUACAUUAACACAAGAAUAUAAAACAGUUCGAUAUCAUAAAAAAGAACCAGCAUAUAUUAUGUCAGUUACACUUGUUGGCGAUGAAGAUGGUAAAAUAUUAAAAUCAAAAGCAUGGAUUAUGUAUCGAAUUAUGCGUACACCUAUCAUUGGUGAUAAAUUUUCUUCACGCCAUGGCCAAAAAGGAGUUUGUUCACGUUUAUAUCCAGCUGAAGAUUUACCAUUCACAGAAUCAGGUCUUGUACCUGAUAUUAUAUUCAAUCCUCAUGGUUUUCCAUCUCGUAUGACAAUUGGUAUGUUGUUAGAAUUUAUGGCAGGAAAAUCAGCUGUCUUACAUGGUUUAUCACAUGAUGGUACGCCAUUCCAAUUCAAUGAUGAUUAUCCGGCUGUUGAUUACUAUGGGCAAUUAUUAAAAGCUGCUGGGUUCAGUUACUACGGAACAGAAUCUAUGUAUAGUGGUACAACUGGUCUACAGUUUGAAGUUGAUAUAUUUAUUGGUGUGGUUUAUUAUCAACGUUUACGGCAUUUAGUUAGCGAUAAAUUUCAAGUUCGUACAACUGGCCCAGUUGAUGCAUUAACAAAUCAACCGGUGAAAGGUCGUCGCCGUGAAGGUGGUAUACGUGUUGGUGAAAUGGAACGUGAUGCAUUACUUGGCCAUGGUGUUGCUGGCAUUCUUCUUGAUCGUCUUCUUCAUUGUUCCGAUGAAACACGUGCAUAUGUAUGUUCACGUUGUGGUUCAUUAAUAUCCUUAGUGAAAUCGAAAAUUGGUUAUGUUUGCCGAUAUUGUUAUGGUUCAUCGUCAAAUACUGUACAACGUGUGACUAUACCAUAUGUAUUACAAUAUCUUAUUGCUGAGCUUGCUUCUGUUGGCAUUAAAACACAUUUUGAUACAAAAUCAGUUGCACGAAAUUUCGCUUUGUCUUCUCAAUGA